AUGCAGCUAACAAGAUAUGUUAAGAUAUGUGAGACUGAGGAUGACCAGCCAAUCGAGGUGCCUCUGGAAGACGAUGACACUCUUUUACUAUCAACAUUAACCGCUCAGUUCCCAGAUUGCACGGGACUUAAGUACAGGUCUGGCGACUCAGGGUGCUAUCGUGGUGUUCGUCUUUUGGAUGACCGUUUAUUUCCUCCCACUGAUGGACAAUGGCAUGGAAACACUUUUUGUUGUGUCUUUCCAAAAUGUUCCAAGAGGAAAGCAGAUGAAUACUCGUUAGAUUCCAAAAUGAAGCUAAAACGUUUCGAUAAAAAAACAUGUACGGACUUGAUAGUGUUAAACUUGCCUUGGCGGGCAGAUGAAGAUACUUUACGCGACUACUUUAGCCAGUACGGCGACCUUGUCAUGAUCCAGAUCAAACGAGACCCAGUAACCCAGCAAAGCAAGGGAUAUGGAUUUAUCCGCUUCGCUGAUUAUACGGCUCAAGUUAUGUGUUUGGCUGAACGACAUACCAUUGAAAAUCGACAGUGCGAUGUCCGCAUUCCUAUAUCAAAGAUGGAGGGUGACCGUCAAGAAGUUUCCCGAAAAGUUCACAUUGGAAGGUUAACAGAAGAUAUUAGUCCCGAAGCUCUGCGUCAGCAUUUCUCCCAAUAUGGAAGAGUAUCUGAUGUUUUCAUACCGAAACCCUUUCGAUCGUUCGCCUUCAUUACGUUCGAUGACCCCGAGGUCGCAGCUUCUUUGUUAGGCAAGGACCAAGAAAUUCAAGGUGUUCGUAUAAGCGUUGGUUCUGCAGUUCCCAAGCUCCCUCCUUCUGCUCGUCAAAAUAACACUAAUCAACGAAUCCCAGUUACCUCGAUGCAAGCUGCUCUUCAGUCAACAAUGUUGGGAACUCAACAAUGGGGUGCUUGGCCACCAGCUUAUGGGGGUAUGGUUCAGAAUAACCGAUAUGGAGGCCAACAUUCUUCCGGUAAAGGUGGAAGUCGAAACGGAUCAAUGGGGGGAAUGAAUCCAGCAGCUGCAGCCGCUGCUGCUGUUUUAGCCGCAGAAUAUACUCGUGUUCAUCAUACCCGAAACUCAGGUACCCCAGCAAAUGGGCAACCAGAAUACAACGGAGUAUCUGUGGAUUCUUCAAAUUCUGCUGCACUUGCUACGAUGAAUAUUCUAAGUAAUCCGAAUGUAGUAGCCGCCAUAGUUAGCGCUGCCACUGGAGCUGGCAAUACUUCUAUGCUUGGCAAUUCUGGUGCACUCUAA